GGGGGAGGCAGAGGAGGGUGUGUGGAACGCCUGGCUUGAAAUGUGCAAGGAAUCGGAGGGAGGAGGAGAUUGUGUCUCUUGAGGAAGGGCUGGAGCUCAGGGGUCGAGUACAUGCUUUGCAUGCAGAAGUUGCUGCUUAAAUUCAUGGCAGCAUCUCCAGGUAAUGCUGGGAAACACCCCUCUCUGAGAACCUUUGGCAAUCAUAUGUAGACAAUAUUGCACUAAAUGGGCCAAUGGUCUGGUUCCAUAGAAGAGCAGAACUAUGUAUGUGGUGUUCAGGUUGUAGCUCAGUGGUAGAGCAUAUGUGUUGCAUGCAGAAGGUCCUCAGUUCAAUUCCCAACAUCUCCAGGUAGGGCUGGGAAAGACCUCUGACUGAAGAUCCUGGAGGCUUGCUGCCAGUCAGUGAAGGUAAUCCUGACCUAGAUGGAUCUGACUCUGUAUAAGGCAGCAUCAGUUGCAAGUGUGGGCCUGUGACUAUGGGGCCCUUGCCUUAAGAGUUCAGAAGUAGAGGGAUUAUGUCCACUGAACUGAGGACUGAUCAUAGCAUAGAACUAUGUAACAGUAGUAGUUUCAUUUAUGUGGCUCGUAAGUGUUAAUUAAAUAGGUCUGCAUGGACUGUCAACAGAAUAGUCGGGUAGACCAAUAUUAUCAACAUCCCCAUGUUACAGGUGAUAUGUUGUGUGAUGGGAGACUAGUGCCUUGACUCAACCCCCUAGUCAUCUUGUGACUUAAGUAUUUUUAAAAUGUAGCUUAUGUAGAACAGAUAUAUGGAAACAGUUGUUUUGUGUACACACAUCUAAGUACAGUUUGUGGGAAAAUAACACUCUCCUUACAAGCAAGCUCUUCUUCUGCUUCCCAGUACAGGAAUAUUUCUUAGCAUACAGUGCCUGUAAUUUAUGGGUAAAGAGGCAGUGUUGUCUGACAAAAACCACAAUGAGCUCCAGCCAAGCUAUCUAGUAGGAUUCUUUUAAAAUAGCUGCCUGAUCUGUGGUGCUGGUUCAUCUUGUGCCUUUUUUAAAAAGACAUCACUGUUGCCCAGUGUGUUUCUGGGUUGGGAUUGUAGUACUUUUGGUCUCUCUCUACUGGGUAGUGAAAGGUGGGGUUUGAGCAUUGGUGUGUGUUGCAGCCUUCUUUAUUUAAACUUUGAGAUUUGUUUUAUUAUGAUGUGCUGUACUAACAUAUUUCAUUGGCCUGCUGAAAUCUGCUUUCAUGGAACUCCUGCUCAAGGUUUUCAUUUGCCUCAUAAGGUUUCAUUAGGAUUUGUUUCAGUGUUGCUGCUCAGCUUCUUGUGAGCUGGUAGUUUCAUUUCUACUGUUCUUCCUACUUCCAUAUUUUGUUCCUGGUACAAAACAGAACUCAUUAAAUUUCUUGAAGUCAUCAAGCCCUUCUGUGUUAUCUUGCCUGAGAUUCAAAAGCCAGAAAGAAAGAUCCAGUUUAAAGAAAAGGUGCUAUGGACUGCUAUCACCCUCUUCAUAUUUUUGGUUUGCUGCCAGAUUCCCCUUUUUGGUAUUAUGUCAUCGGACUCAGCAGAUCCUUUCUACUGGAUGAGAGUAAUCCUGGCUUCAAACAGAGGAACACUGAUGGAACUGGGCAUUUCUCCCAUUGUCACAUCUGGUCUCAUCAUGCAGUUGCUGGCUGGUGCCAAAAUAAUUGAAGUUGGAGAUACUCCAAAAGACAGAGCACUCUUCAAUGGGGCACAGAAAUUAUUUGGCAUGAUUAUCACCAUUGGUCAAUCUAUCGUUUAUGUAAUGACUGGAAUGUAUGGAGACCCAUCGGAGAUGGGAGCGGGAAUCUGUCUGCUUAUCACCAUUCAGCUUUUUGUUGCUGGUUUGAUAGUUCUUCUCCUGGAUGAGCUGUUGCAAAAGGGCUAUGGUCUUGGCUCUGGCAUUUCCCUCUUCAUUGCCACUAACAUCUGUGAGACGAUUGUAUGGAAAGCAUUCAGCCCAACCACAGUGAACACUGGCCGAGGCAUGGAGUUUGAAGGAGCCAUUAUUGCCCUGUUUCAUCUGCUGGCUACUCGUACUGAUAAAGUCAGAGCUCUUCGGGAAGCUUUCUACCGUCAGAAUCUCCCUAACCUUAUGAACCUGAUAGCUACCAUAUUUGUCUUUGCUGUUGUCAUUUACUUCCAGGGUUUCAGGGUGGACCUCCCUAUAAAAUCAGCACGUUAUCGUGGCCAAUACAAUACUUACCCAAUCAAACUAUUCUACACCUCCAAUAUCCCCAUUAUUCUUCAGUCUGCACUGGUGUCCAACUUAUAUGUGAUCUCCCAGAUGCUCUCUGCUCGUUUCAGUGGCAACUUGUUGGUUAGCCUGCUGGGUACUUGGUCUGAUACUUCCUCUGGAGGUCCUGCCCGUUCUUACCCUGUGGGUGGACUUUGCUAUUAUCUGUCACCUCCAGAGUCUUUUGGUUCGGUGUUGGAAGACCCUGUCCAUGCAGUUGUUUACAUUGUGUUUAUGUUGGGUUCCUGUGCAUUUUUCUCUAAAACCUGGAUUGAAGUUUCUGGCUCCUCUGCCAAAGAUGUUGCUAAACAACUAAAAGAGCAACAGAUGGUGAUGAGAGGUCAUAGAGAAACUUCCAUGGUUCAUGAACUCAACAGAUACAUUCCUACAGCAGCUGCAUUUGGUGGCCUCUGCAUUGGUGCUCUUUCUGUACUGGCAGACUUCCUGGGGGCAAUUGGAUCAGGCACUGGAAUCUUGUUGGCUGUUACGAUCAUUUACCAGUACUUUGAAAUCUUUGUAAAGGAGCAGAGCGAAGUUGGCAGCAUGGGAGCACUUCUUUUCUAAAUGUGUUGUCCCAUGGACCCUCGGGGGAGGCUGAAGAGUGUUCUUGGAUUUAAAAAUCAGAUGAAGAAAAUUAAAACACAGUAACAUGGGCACAUUGUAUUAACAGGAAUACUUCUUUUAAUUUUUUCCAAAGCACAUUCCUUGGGUUCAGAUUUUGUUAAUAUACAGUUGACAUUUUCUAAAUGGUUGAAAACAUGCAAAAAAAUAAUAUUGUGUUUAGACAAGACAAGGGUAUUUUGUUCAUAUUGCAGGAAGCAAUUCUCCUAAACUUGGUUUAGUUCCAUGGCUCUUCACUCUUAAUCAUAUCCCUGGAUUUCUGGAGCUUUUCCAGCUUCAAUAAAUAGUGUGGGAGGGAAGUUUAUUUGUUGCAAUAUAUUGUCUGUCUCCUUGGUAGUGGGGGUAGCAGGAGAGAACUUUCCUAAGCCUGUAUGUAUCCAUUAUCACUGUGAGCACAAAUGUGCUUGCUUGUUCACCCAGGAUACCACAAAUUUGGGGAAGGUCUUGAUUAGGGUUUUUAUAAAGCCAGAUGUCUUGUCAGGUACUCUGGGUCUUGAGCUUAAGUGCAGACUAUUGGCCUCUGACUGUUACCUCACUUCUACAGGGGAGGAUGAUAUGUUCUGGUUGUCACUAGAAAUCUCAGGUCAUUCUAGUUGCUUCAAGGGGAGAAAAACAUCAUGCCUCAGAAAUGUACACUGAACAAAAGCAGACCUUAUACCAGUGAUGCCAUACAGGAAACCUGAAACUUCCUAAGUGGAUCCUGUGGCUGUAUUCUUUCUUUAGCCUGAGAGGAACAACGCAGUAUUGCUCCUAGAAGUUGCCAUAUUCCCCGCCAACUAAUUCUUACCUGUCAUAGCUUUAAAAUAAGUUCUAACAUGGCAGGUAUGAGUAGCUCACUUGUCCAGUUACCUGUUGGUUGUGGAAUACGCAGAAGCUACUUCUGGUAAAAUGUGCAUAUUGCUCCAAAAUUUGUUUUCUAUUGGUUGCUCUGGAACAUUGACUUCAAGUUAUGCACAUUGUUGCCUGUGUAGAAAUACUUCCCUAUCACUAAAGAACGCUUAGCAUGCUCUUGCUGUCCCAACUGGGCUUCAGUGAAGAGCCUUCCCCAGAGGCCUCAAGGCUCUUGCUUACUAUCAGGGCAACUCCUACCAAAUAGGAGAAGUAGCCAUAAAGUCCUUAAGGAUUUUUGUCAUCUUAAAAUUCCUUAAAGACUCCACUUCUACUAGGAUAUGUCAGUGGUUGUAAAGUGUUUUUACAUGUACUGUGUAGGACUAAAUAAAAAUACUUGGUAUAAAAGGAA